GGAUAGGAUAGAGAUAGGAUGGGGAUAGUAUAGAGAUAGGAUAGGGAUAGAAUAGGGAUAGGAUAGGAAUAGGACAGAGAGAGGGAUAGGAUAGCGAUAGAAAAAAACAAUACUUUUUGAUUUGACUACUUGAGGAUUCAUAAUUAUUGCGUUUGGCUGUAAUUCUACACCUUCUACUUUUCAAAGAGUGAUGGAUAAUGGGAACAAAUUUUUGGCUUAAUAUGUUUCGAGCAUCUUUACAAAUUUACUUUAUGCUUGAACGAUUGAGAUUGUGGUAUAAUUUGUAAAAACUUAUCGUUCUAGGGAAAUGCGUUUCUUUAAAACUCAGGAGUUUUCAAAAUUAUUCCGAUUUUCUCAAACUUAAUACUAAUGAGGAAUUCUAGGUUUAGGGAAGAAAUGUGUAAUCCUUAAAAGACUAAAAUACCAGAGUAAUUGAGGAUUUCUAAAACAUGUAAGGAUUUCUGAACGAGUCUAGGAAAUUUCGUAUUUAUUAGAGACAUGGGGGCAAAAAUUCGCAAUUGCUAAAGCCUCGUCACGAAAUUUAUAAACGCCUCCAGGAUUCGCCAGAAGAUCAACUCCGGGCUUUUGGAGAAACGCAGAGCAUUCUCAGGAGUUAUUUGUUUGGGAAACCCCACGUCGGACUCAUGAUCAUGGUUUUUAGAGCCAUGAUUGCGCUAAAAUUAUCUGAUAUUUAGGAUGAUGAUUCUCAAUUUUUUUUUCAAACUUGAAUUGUGAAUUGUUGGAAUGAUCCGGAGCAUAUUUUGGUCCUUCGAGCUGGUUUUUUUAUUAAUCCGUUUUCAGCAAUAAAAAGAAGAUAGGCAAAAUGGUUUCAUAAUUAGUAUGUUUCGGCUUACUUAAAAAACAUAACUUUACGUUUUUUUUAAACCAAAUUGACCUUAUCAGAAUUCCUUAAAAAUUCCUUAUCAUUCCAUUUGGUCUAAAUUAUACACCCGCUACUUUCCAAAGAGUGAUGAAUCAUUACAUAAAGUUUUGUCAAACGAUUUUUUAGUUAGAAAGUUCCAAGACGCUGUCUUAUCAUGCUAAUUUUUGCGAUCAAAUUAUCAGAAAGUUUGGAUGACGACCUUUCAUAAUAUUCUUCAGCUCUUCAUAAUAUUACUUCAUUUAUUUGUCAGCGACUCUAGUCAGUUUGGAAAAGUAAUUUCAUAGGCAGUUAUUUUUAGAUCCAGCUUCUUUUAUAAAACUGUUUUUUUUUUAUUAUUAUUAUUGUAAAUUAAUUUUUUUUACCAAAAUUCAUAUGCUGAUGGAAUGUUUCCAAAAACGGAUUGAGCAUUGUUUUGUCUCUGAACCGAUGCCACAAAACCUUUCUCGUUUGGCCUACAUCGUUUUAACAGAAACGUCCAUGUUGUCAAAUAUUGCAGUGGAUUGCCCUUCUUUUUUCCGCCCUACAUUAUUCUAUAAAUAGUUUUCCGAACCACGUGUGACUGACCGUUUCGAUUGAAAUAGACGACAAGAUUAUAUGCUUUACCGAUUUAUUUUUCUUUUUCCAUCAUCCUUCUUCCUUAUUUGACUGUCAAAGCAAAGCGCGUCCUAAUCCCUCGUGUCAAAUAAGUUAGUUGUGAUAGUUGUGCCAGAGGCUGAUUCCACAUACCUACUAGUCAAGAGAUUUCGAAGUUUUUUUUUGUUUUUUUUUUUAAGUAAAUGCUAUACCGUUACAGUUCGUUGUUCGUUUCCGUUCAAGUGGAAGUACCGUUUGAUACAACAACAAAAAAAAACCACCAACAGGCGCAGCCAGUAAAUUGCAUGAUUGUUAUGUUCUAGUUGAGAUGUGUAUUUUGACUUUCUCCAUUAGAAUUGAAUUACCGAAAACAAUUGAAAAAGAUAUCGAAACCAGUUGCCAAAUAGACGCUGCUAUGUACCUGUCGAAGUCCUUCCAACUUGUUUUUUUCAUUGGUGUUUGUUUGUUUUCCGUUUUUUUUUUCGUUCCACUCAUUUGUUUUCCGAUUAAAUUUCCACGAUGCCUUAAGGCCCGAUGUUUGAUGCCUACUGAUUUUCGUGUUCCAAAAAUACAUUUAAGCGAAAAAAACCAUCCCAACAGCAGGUUCCCAUAGCUACCGGAUAUUUGAUUUUUUUUUUCGCACCGCUUGCUACUCGCGAACUGCAUAUCAUUGUUGACGCAACGAUAACAUGUAAUCGGAAGACGACGUACAGGAUAAAGUAAUAAAAACAGCGUGUAGAGUGUAAAUUUACGAUGCAAUGCUAAAAUAAGCAUUUAAUUAAAAUGUUUUUACGUUUUUGUUUUCCCGGCAGAUAAAAAAUCAUUCGAUUGAUUGCUCUCUUCCCAAGCCACCAACCACGAAUGAUUUCGAAUGGCAUAUUUAUUUUUAUUACAGUUGUUGAAGUUUGCAUUUUGCCACAUAUUGACAGUCAUCACUUACUAUCACACACACACAUCCCAAACACGUAAAUCGACACGGAAACAUAGUCACAGAAAAAAAAAAUGAGAGAAAUUUAAAACAUAUAUUACACGGAACUGGACCAAUACCCAGACUGUUUCUCGGUAUGUUGAAAAGUAAAAGAGAAAAAACACAAACAAAACACCCACCGAUGACCGCAAAUGAGCGAAAGAUCGAAACAAUCAACCGCUUCCGGAUUGAAAUUAUUUUACAUAAAAUUGUUUACAUGCAUCUUUUCUUGUUUUUUUUUUAAUCAAACUCCACGUGCAUAACUACUGCAACCAAAACCACAGAUUGACAGUGAUUGGAUGAUGUUUGUUUGCCUAUAAAUCUUUUUGUUUAUGAUUGCGCCAAGAAACAAAAAACAAACAAAAAACAUGUAGAAAACACAAUGGUUAGAAACACUGUGCGAAAAGAGAAACAAACAAAGAAAAAAAGAAAGAAAGGGAAGGUGGAUCUGCGACAUAUGGAUGAACAGUCCGGCAGCAACAUCGUGGACGUCGGGGUAGACCUGUCCGAAUUCUACAUGUCUGUCGAGUGGGACAUCCUCGAGGUACCGGCAGUCAGGAACGAAAAGUUUUACACCUGCUGCGACGAACCGUACCUGGACAUCACGUUCAACAUCACCAUGAGGCGGAAGACCCUGUUCUAUACGGUCAACAUCAUCAUCCCCUGCAUGGGCAUCUCGUUCCUGACCGUGCUGACGUUCUACCUGCCAUCGGAUAGUGGGGAAAAGGUAACGCUAUCCAUUUCGAUUCUGAUUAGUCUCCACGUGUUCUUCCUCCUGGUUGUCGAAAUCAUCCCACCAACGUCCUUAGUCGUGCCUUUACUGGGAAAAUAUUUGAUAUUCGCCAUGAUCCUGGUUUCAAUAAGUAUAUGCGUCACGGUGGUGGUGUUGAACGUACAUUUUCGCUCCCCGCAGACACACAGAAUGGCACCGUGGGUCAAAACGUUUUUCAUAGAUUUCCUUCCGAGGUUUCUGUUCAUGAAACGGCCCGCCUACAUCGAAAACCACAGAAGAAUGUUAUCAAAAGAUCCACACGCUUGCUUUUAUCCUUAUUAUUCGACCACCACAUUAAAUCGCGUAGCUCGUUUCCAUCCUUCUACUACUACUAGGACCUCAUCGAAAGAUGACCUUUCGCCGCUAAGUCUGUCAGGCACGGGCCCCUUCGGCGGAAGCUGCCAGAUACAUGGGCCGCUGCAGGUGCCCCACUCGGAGUCGGAGGAGCUGUCGCUGUCGACGGCGGCCGAUACGGCAGUGCCGUCGGCCGGAAGUGUAGGCGGAGGCCUGAGCGGUGGGACCAAGAGUCCGGUCUUCAAGCAUCCGAGCAGCACCUUCUCGCACUCGGGCUGCCCGAUCGAGAUCCACCGUAGCUGCUUCUGCGUGCGGUUCAUCGCCGAGCACACAAAGAUGCUGGAGGAUUCGACCAAGGUUAAGGAAGACUGGAAGUACGUGGCCAUGGUGCUGGAUCGGUUGUUCCUGUGGAUUUUCACGCUGGCCGUGCUGGCCGGAACCGCAGGCAUCAUCCUGCAAGCACCGACCCUAUACGACGACCGGAUACCGAUAGACAAGACGUUCGACGAGUUGGCCACCACGUCGGUUGUCCGCUGCCCACCCCAAUAGCAACAAACCGGGACAACGACGACGACGAAGAUGACCAACAGCCGGAGGACGGUGAUGACGAUGAUGAUGAUCGGAAGUGUGGCGGAAGCGAUGUUGGCUCUGUUUCUGUGUGCGCUUGGGCUGAGUGCGUGUGUGCUGCUGUACGAGCGGCUGCUCCAGGGUUCCCGGAUUUUCUGAUACUUCCGGUUGCGGCCGAACGCUACCCACGGUGGCGGCGGCAGUCGGCCGACUGUUAUCACCAUCAAGGAGUGAAUGGUUUUCGGUUUGGUUUUCUCAUGGUAAACUUGCUCAACUAGGUCCCUCUGGUGGGGACACACAGAUGUUACCCCCAAAAUCCUUUUUUUCUACGCACAAUAAAUCACGCAAAACAGAACAGUCAAUUCACCAGCUUGAACAAUCGAAUGUAAUUUCUUUUUGUUAUUUUCCAACACUAAUUUUCCAGGCAAAGUGUGUGCAAGAACAGGUUUAUAGUUUAUAUACUUAGAUCAAGUUCACUCGUGUUGGGAAAAAGUGAUAGAAAUUUCAACCCUUGUAGCACAUUUUGAAAAUUUUACCAUGAGAAAUGUUUUCAAGAUCUUUGGGCGUUGUAUUUUUUUACAGUACAGAAACUAUUUCAGCCGUUUGUGAUAGAAAUAUUGCUAUUUUUGCAUCACAGCAUGUGAAAAUACAACACGUGUUGUAAAAAAACUUGAAGACCACAGAUCUUGAAAAUGUUUUUUCAUGGCAACAUUUUGAAAAUGUGCUAAAAGUGUCAAAAUUUCUACCACUUUUUCCCAACACCAGUGAACUUGCUUUUUGGUAUACUUUUUUUUUGAAAAGUGUUAUAGCGUUUUCGUUUAUAACACUGGCAGGGUGGCAAACUUUUUCUCUUUAAACAAACAAAAUCGUCACCCGGGACGAUGCAAAUAUAUGGUUGCUACACUCACCCUCAACUCUGACAAUUUCUACGGAGUGCAACCGCCUGCUUGAGGUUCAAAACUCGGGUAAAACUGGUGGACUUCUUAAUUCAUAAACGAACACAAUGACAGCAGUUAAAGCAAAACUCGCGAAGAACUAGGUUGCCUCUGCUGAUAAAUGAAAACGCUACUACUAAAUGACAGGAGGAAUCCAAAAAUAAGAAAACUUUUUUUUAAAACUGAUCAAAGUAACCAUGAGAAUUCAUGUAAAGUUUGUUACACGUUUAGCUUAAAAACGCUUUUCAUCCUAACAAUACCCAUCAGAGGUGUAUGAAUAGAUUAGUUGUUUUAAAUCAACGAAUGUUCGUGUUGUGCCAACUUUUUUUAAGGAAAGAAACAGAACCGAAACUAGCGAAUGCCACAUGGAAAUCAUCGAACAGACAGUUGCAAAAAAACACACACACAGACACAACACAACUAUACUUAAUAAUAAAGGGUAAAUGUGUACGGGUUUUCAAUUUGGAUGGCCCAAUAUAACCUGGGGGCGUAGUUUUUAAAAUCCAACAAAAUUCAGAAAACACUUACAGUGGAAAAACCUAAUAAGAAAAAAUACAAAAAAAUGAACACGUUUUAGGGUGUAACACAAUUGUAGUAGAAAUGGAAAAAUUAACAAAAGCAACAACUCUUUUAUCUAAUAACAUUGAUAGUUAACAUCUAAAUAUAAGACUAACCGUCAACGCAUGAGAAAAAGAAAACAGAAACAAAAAAAGUGGUGUCAAAGAAACUACUUUUAGGAAACAAUUAGCAAAAUGUCCCAAGGCCAAAAUGUGUGGAUCACAAUGAUAAAGCAAACAAAAAAACAAGUCACAUUUCAUCAAAACUAGAACAAUAGGAAAUGAUCAGCACACGCAGUGUAGGAAAACAAACAACAUCCCAAAAAAUGAUACAUGUUUGCUGAACAAACAAAAAAAACUAUUUUAUCAUAUUCGAAUAUGUGCCAAAAGAACUGUUUUAAAAGUAGUGUGUGGUAAAACGAUUUUUUUCCCUUUUUAUAACUCUGUACAGAUCACGUCACGACACGACGAGAGAGAGAGAGAUUUCACGAGAGAGGAUCAAUUGUUGAGUUUUACAAUUUUGUUAUUAAUUGAUACUGCCAAUCCACAUUGUGAUAAGAAAAAAAAAGUUCACCAACGAUCGUGAAGAACUUGUCAAAUUAGUUGAGAAGCAUUCAUCGAAGAAAAAAACAAACUCCCCCAAAAUCCCUGUAUACCAAAACAAACGAUUAGUAGCCCAAAAAAAAAACAAACAAACAAAAA